CUUCAAAACAGAAGGAGAGAAAAAGACACAGCCGAAUUCCUAUUCGGUCAAUAGCAAUCUGGGAAGUUGUCAGGAAAGAAUUUUUCCGGAUAUACUGUGAGUCUUAUACCUCUUAGAUUCAUUUCAUCGCCCCGGGUGGUGCUGGUGGAGCGCGCAGCAGGGAGGCGCAUUGUUUCUAUGCAAACUGGACGGCAUGGCCAUUGUAUGCUGUGGGGCAUAUAUGGAGCCGCUGCUGGCUUGGAUGACACAGCCAGUCUGAAGUCUCAAGGAGAGUUGCUCUCGGCUUUUUUUUCUCUCUUUCAUGCGACUUUCUCUCUUUUUUCGAAAGUGGUUUUCUUUUCCGCUAUGAGUUGCCUUGAUGUGAUGUACCACCAAAGCUAUGGAGCGCACUAUCUCCCCGCAGCUGCGUACAAGGCGUCAUACUAUAACCACCAUCAGCAGCAACAACAGAAAAAGCUGAAUACAUACAACAAGAUGCAGGAGUGUUUGGAGCAGCAGCAGCCAUCACAAGGAGGAGGAAGAGGGAUAAUGCAGAGAAAUCAGGGUCUACAAUUGGGUCCUGCAACAACAAUUGCUGAAAUAAGUCGUAGAUCUCCAGCUGAAUUGGACUUAAAGGACAGUACUCAACCAGCUGAGGCAGAGUACUUGAGCUCCCGUUGUGUACUGUUCACCUACUUUCAAGGGGACAUUGGUGACGUGGUGGACGAGCAUUUCUCCCGUGCUCUUAGCCAGGCCAGCUCCUUUAGUAUUGAGAGCAAACCUAUUAGAGGGACUCAGGCAACUGCUGCGGCCUCUAAUAACCUAUGGAAAGAUGGAGGUUCCCAUCCUGAUGGUCAGGGCAGUUCGCCUUGGAGCAGCCCUUUCCCACCUCAAGCCAACUCCUGUCUCCCAUCGGUUUCUGUCUCCGUUCACCCAGAUUUCCCCGCCAGCCCUGUUUCCUUCAGUCAUCCGGAUGGAGCCUUGUGGGCCAGCCAUGUCCUUUCUCAAGCAAGCAUACCGUCUCCAGCUUCCCUUUCUGAUAGCUGGACAUACAGUCUGAGUCCCCAGAGCACAAGUGGCUACCCCAAUGUUCAUGAUGUCUAUCACUCACACCCACGGCCCCAUCCCCACAUCCAUGCAAGGCAUCAUCACUCUAUGCUUCAUCCAUACCCACCCCACAGCCCAGCUUUGGAUCCCAGAUUCAAUGCAUUGCUGCUGCCAGGUGUUAGGAGUCAAAGUCAGGCUGCUACAAGCACUGGUAGCUCCCCACACAGUGAAGGAGGUAAAACAGAAAUGGAUCUCAGCAGCAACAGCCCCGUCUCUGCAGCUUCUGUCACCUGGACCCCUCCAGCCCUCCAUGGAUCUUUGGAGGCAUAUGAUUCAGCUAUUGAUCAGUCCAAGGUGAAGGCAUCAAUAUGGUUCUAACAUGUGGACAGAAGACGGACCAUUUGCUCACACCAAAAAAGGACUAAAAAUGUGGCUUUUUUAAAGUAUGGCUGCAUCACCAGCACUGUAAUGUAAAGUGAAGAUGAAGAAUAUGCAACAGCUUCAAAUAUGUAAUUGUCCUCACAAUCCAAAUGGAGAUGAACUCAGGCUUGGACUGGUCUGAUUGUUUCUUUGGCGACCUGUCACGACCACUCAGACUAUUGCAAAAUACUACUAGCUUUAGGAAAAAAAACAAAUCUUCUGUUGGUGCAAAUGUCUUUUCUUUACAUUUAAUGUGAGACAGUGCAGUUCUGUUUAAAGAACUCGAUUAUGAUCCAUGUUAUUUUUGUAUUGUUAAUGUUUGAUUACUGUAAAUUGCUUGCAGUGUGUGUAUGUUUGUGUGUACUGUUUUCCCUUGCUUAAGUGUUAUGUAUUGAAUGAUGUAUAGAGAAUUGUUGCUUAAAUGGCUUCUAUGCUUAUUUUCCUUCAGAAAUGUGUAGUGUAAAUACUGUUGCUUUGAAUUACUAAAUUAAAUAAAAACAGAAAAAGGACACAAACUAUUUCUUCCAUUCCUUAAAGCUGAAAAUUUUAAAUCACAACCUGGAUAGACUAGACCAAAACAAAUCUGCUUAAUGCUGCAAACUCCCUUGCAGGAGCAACAACAGUUUGCUACAUUCCUAAGGCAGUUAUUGUGCUGAAAACAUCCACAUGCAUUUCCAGACUGGACACAGAAGAAUGCAUUUCCUGUCUGGGCAGGAAGUUUGUGACGCAGAAAUAGAUCACUUAUGUGUUGAGACAUGACCGCUAAACUAAGUUUUUACAGU